AUGCGGCUUUCCGGCCUCCAAUCCUCGCGCUUUUCUCUCCAUGUACCCAGGCGACUGCACGUCCCUGGCCCUGCUCAAGACUCGGAUGUCUUCGCCGACAGUCUUCGCAAGACCCUAGAGGCCCAUCGCUCCUCGAAUAGGGCUCGACUCAUUCGCAAAGUAUAUCCGCGAGCCCCUGCAUUGGGUUUGUUUCGCCCUUACAUACUUCCCAAAAAUCGUGCUGGAUAUCAGCCGCCUGAGCCGCCAGUUGCGAUAUCAGAAAUAUCGGCACCGGAAUCAACGAAACCGGCAAAAAGGCGCAUGCGCGGACACGUGCAAGAAAAAGAGCCAUUAAAGAAUAGACCCAAUGCCAUUCGGAGCGCCAAUGCGUUGUAUAGGCGAACCCAUCAACAAUGUCCUUGGCUGAGGCACAUGGCUGCACCUCCGGCUUUUGGCGAUGCGUCCACAUUCCUGGAUGCGGAGAUCCAAGCUCUGGACCGUUACCUUACACCAAGCCCUGAUGAGCAAACCCAGAUCACUAAGUUCACUACCGAACUCAAGUCGCUGCUAGAAACAGUGGUUUCACAGCCACCUCAGAUCAUCGGGUCUCGCUGUACAGGUCUGGCGCUUCCGCAUUCAAACCUUCAUUUCCUCCUGCCUUUCGAAGACAUCCCGCGAUCUCUAGAUCGAGCCCGGCGGCCAAGCCCUACACGACCGCAGAUCAGAGAUGCCCACAUUAACCUACUCCACCAAGUUAAAUCGACUCUACAAAGUAGUCCGGCCUUCAAGAUCCAGGCCCAGCUAUCUGGGAAACGUAAAACUGUCCUGGAGGCCCAACACCUGCCAACGGGCUUACAGCUGCUCUUUCACUGUGGCGAGAGUGUGCCCGCUAUCACCGAAUAUAUCCAGGACUACUUAGUCGAAUAUCCACACCUCCGGCCUCUGUAUGUUGGAACGAGGGCUUUGCUUGAGGCACAUGGCCUUUUCGGAUCUUCUCAUUCAAGUAUCAGCCCCGUCGCCUUAGCUCUACUCUUGGUCGCCUUUCUCAAGAUGAAUCACGGCCGCUUUCAAGGUCCUCACCGCCUCGGCGAUGAGUUCCUAGCUCUUCUUCAGUUCUAUGGCACUGGCGUGGAUCUUCAGACCGUCGUGGUUGCAGUCGACCCUCCCGGAUUCUUCGACAUGGAAACUUUGCGUGCUACCGUGGAUGAUCAUGUCAAUGCUGCAUCUGUGCGCGGCCAGAAAUCUAUUCUCAGCGCUAAACGCACAGCUGCUGCGAGGGGGAAUCACCCUGCUAAUCGAAGACUGUGUAUUCAGGACCCGACUCAUUAUAUGAAUGAUCUCGGUCGGUCCUGUACAUGCGCCCCGGAGUUGCAAGGUGUGUUUGCAGCUGCUUACAAGCAUCUUCGUCAUGCAUGUGAUGAGUGGAAGGGCCCGUCCGAGAACAGUUCUUCUCUUCUCACAACUGCCCUGCGGGCUAAUUUUGAUCAGCUGGAGAAAGACCGCCACCAGAUCGUGCGUCCAGUAGAUCUUGAUAUAGAGGCCGAGCGUGAUGCGGUCCUUGUUAAAUAG